CGCGCGCGCGGGCUUCUUUCUGGCCAGUCGCGCGUGGGCUGUGGGCCCAGGGCGGGCGUUGCGAAGAGUUUGUUUGCUUUGCGGCUGUGUGUGGAUGUGCCGUGUUGUGUUUUAAAUCUCGAGACAGCUCGGGGGUUCCCUGCGUGUGUCGGGAGGGCAACACACCCCCCUCUCCCCCCGACGAGAGGUGAAAUGGGCUGUCCGGUGGGCUGCUAGAGAGGGGGAAGGGUGGGGCCGGAGGCGGCCAUGAACUCGCCCGUGGACCCCGGCGCUCGGCAGGCGCUGAGGAAGAAGCCGCCGGAGCGGACGCCUGAGGACUUAAAUACUAUUUAUUCUUAUCUUCAUGGAAUGGAAAUACUAUCGAAUCUCAGGGAACCUCAACUUAGGUUAAUGUCUGAAAGAGCACGCUAUGAAAGAUACAGUGGCAAUCAGAUACUUUUUUGUUCAGAAACCAUUGCCAGAUGUUGGUAUAUCCUGCUUUCUGGGUCUGUGCUUGUGAAAGACUCCAUGGUCUUGCCUCCUUGCAGUUUUGGUAAGCAGUUUGGAGGAAAAAGAGGAUGUGAUUGUCUUGUAUUAGAGCCUUCAGAAAUGAUUGUGGUAGAGAAUUCCAAAGAUAAUGAAGAUAGUAUUCUACAAAGAGAAAUUCCUGCUAGACAGUCUCGUCGAAGGUUUCGGAAAAUUAACCAUAAAGGAGAGCGUCAAACCAUAACUGAUGAUGUGGACAUUAAUAGCUACCUUUCUCUUCCAGCUGACCUUACCAAGAUGCACCUCACAGACAACCCUCACCCACAGGUGACUCACGUGUCCUCUAGUCAGUCUGGUUGUAGCAUUGCCAGUGACUCUGGGAGCAGCAGUUUGUCUGAUAUCUAUCAGGCUACAGAGAGUGAAGUAGGAGAUGUAGAUUUAACACGUCUUCCAGAGGGACCUGUUGAUUCUGAGGAUGAAGAAGAGGAGGAGGAAGAGAUUGACCAAACAGAUCCAUUGCAGGGGAGAGAUCUUGUUCGAGAAUGUCUUGAGAAAGAACCUGCAGAUAAAACUGAUGAUGACAUUGAGCAAUUACUUGAGUUCAUGCACCAGCUCCCUGCUUUUGCAAACAUGACCAUGUCUGUGAGGAGAGAGCUGUGUUCAGUGAUGAUUUUCGAAGUGGUGGAGCAAGCUGGAGCUGUUAUUCUUGAAGAUGGGCAAGAGCUUGACUCUUGGUAUGUUAUUUUAAACGGCACUAUAGAAAUCAGUCAUCCAGAUGGAAAAGUUGAAAAUCUCUUUAUGGGAAAUAGUUUUGGAAUUACUCCCACUCUGGAUAAGCAGUACAUGCAUGGAAUCGUCAGGACUAAAGUAGAUGACUGUCAGUUUGUCUGCAUAGCUCAGCAGGAUUAUUGGCGCAUUUUAAAUCAUGUGGAGAAAAAUACCCAUAAAGUUGAAGAAGAGGGAGAAAUUGUUAUGGUGCAUGAACACCGUGAGCUAGACAGAAGUGGAACCAGGAAAGGACACAUUGUCAUCAAGGCAACACCUGAGCGUCUCAUCAUGCAUUUGAUAGAAGAACAUUCCAUUGUGGACCCAACUUAUAUAGAAGAUUUUCUGUUAACUUACAGAACAUUUCUUAAAAGUCCUCUGGAUGUGGGAGUCAAACUAUUGGAAUGGUUUAAGAUUGACAGCUUAAGGGACAAGGUGACACGAAUUGUAUUAUUAUGGGUAAAUAAUCAUUUCAAUGAUUUUGAAGGUGAUCCUGCUAUGACGCGAUUUCUAGAGGAGUUUGAAAAACAUCUGGAAGAUACAAAGAUGAAUGGUCACCUCCGGUUAUUGAAUAUUGCCUGUGCUGCAAAGGCCAAGUGGAGACAGGUUGUGCUGCAGAAGGCUUCCCGAGAGUCCCCUCUGCACUUCAGCCUCAGUGGAGGAAGUGAAAAGGGAUUUGGUGUCUUUGUGGAAGGAGUAGAACCUGGUAGCAAAGCUGCAGAUGCAGGGCUGAAACGGGGUGAUCAGAUAAUGGAAGUGAAUGGACAAAACUUUGAGAACAUUACAUUUGUGAAGGCCCUUGAAAUUUUAAGGAAUAAUACUCAUCUUGCACUCACAGUGAAGACCAACAUUUUUGUGUUCAAAGAAUUACUUAGUCGGACUGAACAAGAGAAGUCUGGUAUUCCUCAUAUUCCCAAAAUUGCCGAAAAGAAAAGUAAUCGCCAUUCAAUCCAAGAUGUGCCAGGAGAUAUUGAACCGACAUCCCAAGAGAAAGGAAAUAAGAAAGUUAAAGCAAAUACUGUUUCGGGUGGAAGAAACAAAAUCAGGAAAAUUUUGGAUAAAACACGAUUUAGCAUCCUGCCUCCAAAACUAUUUAGUGAUGGAGGCUUGAGCCAGUCACAAGAUGACAGCAUUGUGGGAACUAGACACUGCAGACACAGCCUGGCUAUAAUGCCUAUUCCUGGAACACUCUCAUCCAGCAGCCCUGAUCUCCUGCAGCCUACCACCAGCAUGUUGGAUUUUUCCAAUCCUUCAGAUAUUCCUGAUCAAGUCAUAAGAGUCUUCAAAGCAGAUCAACAGAGCUGCUACAUUAUCAUCAGUAAAGACACUACAGCAAAAGAAGUGGUUUGUCAUGCUGUCCAUGAAUUUGGUUUGACUGGGGCAACUGACACAUACUCUCUCUGUGAAGUUUCUGUUACUCCUGAAGGUGUCAUAAAACAGAGAAGACUUCCAGACCAGUUCUCCAAACUAGCUGAUAGAAUUCAACUCAAUGGAAGGUAUUACUUAAAAAAUAACAUGGAAACAGAGACACUGUGUUCAGAUGAAGAUGCACAAGAGCUGGUUAAGGAAAGCCAGCUGUCCAUGCUACAGCUCAGCACCAUUGAAAUGGCCACCCAGCUGUCCAUGAGGGACUUCGAUUUAUUUCGUAACAUUGAGCCUACUGAAUACAUUGAUGAUCUUUUCAAGUUAGACUCCAAGCGGGGAAAUGCUCACUUGAAAGAGUUUGAGGACAUUGUAAACCAAGAGACAUUCUGGGUUGCCUCAGAGAUUUUAACUGAAUCAAAUCAGCUCAAACGAAUGAAGAUUAUUAAACAUUUUAUUAAAAUUGCACUUCAUUGUCGAGAAUGUAAGAACUUCAAUUCCAUGUUUGCUAUAAUAAGUGGCUUAAAUCUGGCACCUGUAGCUCGACUUAGAGGUACCUGGGAAAAGUUACCAAGCAAAUAUGAGAAACAUCUCCAAGAUCUACAAGACCUUUUUGAUCCAUCAAGAAACAUGGCAAAAUACAGAAAUAUUCUCAGUAGUCAAAGCAUGCAGCCUCCUAUCAUUCCACUCUUCCCUGUUGUCAAGAAAGAUAUGACAUUUCUACAUGAAGGAAAUGACUCCAAAGUAGAUGGCCUAGUAAACUUUGAGAAGCUCAGAAUGAUUGCCAAGGAAAUUCGCCAAGUUGUUCGAAUGACUUCUGCAAAUAUGGACCCCGCUAUGAUGUUCCGACAGAGGAAGAAGAGGUGGCGGAGUGUGGGGUCAUUGAGUCAGGGCAGCACAAAUUCAAACAUGCUGGACGUGCAAGGAGGUACUCACAAGAAGCGGGCACGCCGCAGCUCUCUACUGAAUGCCAAGAAGCUGUACGAGGAGGCCCAGAUGGCGCGCAAAGUGAAGCAGUACCUCUCGGGUCUGGAUGUAGAGACAGAUGAGGAGAGGUUCCAGGCGAUGUCUCUGCAGUGGGAGCCUGCAUAUGGUACCUUGACCAAGAAUUUAAGUGAGAAAAGAUCAGCCAAAUCAUCUGAAAUGUCUCCUGUGCCUUUGAGGUCAGCUAGCCAGACAGCCAAAGCCCACAUGCAUCAGCCCCACCGAGGGAGCCAGAUGCUCCCGGUGCCCGCCGUUAACCUGCACCCCGUCAGGAAGAAGGUGCAAGCGAGAGACUCCGCGCUGAGUACAAGUUUACCUCAGAAAGUUUUAGGGCCACCUGAAGAAGGGAGCGGCAAGAGACACGCAGAAGACAGCGUCUCCAUGGCAUCCUCCCUGCACUCCAGCCCCCCCGCCUCUCCGCAGGGCUCCCCGCGCAAAGGUUACACACUUUUACCAUCAGCUAAAUCUGACAACUUGUCUGACUCCAGCCACAGCGAGAUUUCCUCCCGGUCAAGCAUCGUGAGCAACUGCUCCAUGGACUCCAUGUCUGCUGGGCUUCCGGACGAGCGGGGCCCGGCCCAGCCCCUGCCAGGCCCCGAGCUCAGCGCCGCCGCCGACAAGGAGCGCAUGUCGGGAAUGGUGGAGCACGGUCAGCUUGGUCCUGGGUGGACACUUUCAAAGCCAUCUUUAGUCAAGGGCUUAGCCGUCUCGUCGUCCAUGAGCAGUGAGGAGAUUUCUCAUGAGCACGUCAUCAUCGAAGCGGCCGACAGUGGUCGAGGAAGCUGGACUUCCUGUUCAAGCAGUUCCCAUGACAACUUCCAGAACCUUCCCAACCCCAAAGGCUGGGACUUUUUGAAUUCCUACAGACACACUCAUCUGGAUGACCCCAUUGCUGAAGUUGAGCCUGCAGACUGUGAACCCCAUUCCUGUCCUAAAGGCUGCUCUAGAACGUGUGGCCAGUGUAAAGGGAGCCUGGAGCCGGGGGAGCUGCGACAGAGCUGGGCGUCCUCCAGCUCCCUGUCAGACAGUUGCGAACCCAACUACGGGACAGUCAAGCGGAGAGCGAUGGAGAGCGCCCCCGCCGCGCCCCCCGACAGCCUGGACCACAAGGACGCCACUGACCCGCUUUACAAAACUGUCACGUCAAGCACAGAGAAGGGCUUGAUUGUAUACUGUGUCACCUCACCCAGGAAGGACGGUAGGUUUAGGGAGCCGCCUCCCACUCCUCCAGGAUACCUGGGGAUCUCUCUAGCCGACCUUCAGGAAGGACCCCACCCGCACCUAAAACCUCCAGAGUAUAGUGUGGCCGUGCAGAGGUCAAAGAUGAUGCAGAACAGCCUCUGCAGGCCAGCGCCAGCUUCUCUCGGGAGCUGCCCUGGGGCCUGUGUCCCCUCGAAGAUGCUAACUCAGCCUCACAGGCAUAAUGCACAGCCAGCCCGACCUAGGCUAACAGAGGUGACUGACGCAGAUAGCCAAGCAGAUGAAGAACAGGUGUCAGCAGUCUAGCCGUUGAGCCGCCCACUCGAAGACAGCCACUGGAAGUCCUGGCGGAGCGUGGGGUCUGCCGCUGCUUGCUGCUACUCACCAGAGGCUCCAUCCCCUGCGCUCCUCGAGUGAGACUCCCCUUGCCGGGCCUGACUGCCCAGACCUGCCUUAGGACUCACGUGACAGUGCAAACUCCAGUCAGCCCAUAGGUCACUAUUGAGUGUCUCAGAUCUUUGUAAACAUAGCGGUAUUAUUUCCAAGCCAGAGCUUGGGCUAGGGGACAGAGUCGGAAUCUUGGCCAGCACCAAGGAUGUUCUUGUGUAUUUGGGAAGUAACUUAUUAUUUGAAGUGCUGUGGUUGUGUGAGGGGAGCGCUUGUUAGCGAUGUGUGUUUGAGGCCAUGAAAGGGAGUCUGGUUUGACCCAACAGAGUUGUCUUUGUAGAGAUGAGUACAGUGGUGCCUGGGCGGGGCACCAGUGCCUGCGGGACCAGCCACAGACAAGGCUGGGGGGCAGUAACCCUGCUCGUGAAGAUCAUUCAUCUAAUGAUAUGAUAGUGGGAAGUAGAAAUUUCAACUAUAGAGGUCUAAAUAUAGCUUUGGAAUCAUGAAGAUGAAUUUGCGAUUGUGCAGUCUUCUUCCUAUGUACCACCCCUACCUACACCACUGGAUUGCAUCAAUCUAGAAAACCCCCUGGCUUUGAGGCCCUUAGUAAGCUAAGUAGCCCUCCAAGGGCUGUAGUGGCCUGAAAAUUCUGCCAGAUGCUGGCAGCUCGCACCUGUCAUCCUAACUACUCAG